ACCACCAACCACCCCACCUCCCUCUUGACCAUGGCAUUCCCAGGAUAUCAAUUAGACACGCCCGCCCGACUCAUGCAUCGGAUCGAUCGAGCCGAGGAAUUGGAAGAAGGGCUCGAUAGUCUACCAAGCUGGCCGCCUCCCGAUCCGACCUCAGUCGGCGAAAGCUUUGGGCCACGUGGUCCUGGCCAUAUAUAUGAUGUCGGCAUCUCGAGAAACACCACUAUGAAUACUCCUUUCAUUCCCCGCACAGAACCGAAUCGCUUCAACACUCAGGAUCGUCGACCAGCCUUUCGGGAGCGUACUCACCAAUCCAACGCCAACCGCACCCAACAAUCUCAUGCCAGAUUCACUCCCAGGCCGGGCCCAUCAAACCAUCAACCCACCAAUAUGGACCAGCCUCAAAUAACUGUUGAUUCUCCACUCACUUCCACCCCUGCCACUGCAAACCCAGCUCGUCAUGCUGAACAUUGGCUGCGUGAUCACUCGCCCAACACAAGUCAUAUACCUCAGACCCAAGAUCAUCGUCCAGAAGUCGGAAUUCUUACUAGCAGCAGUGAAACCGAAACUGACCAACCUCCGCCUGACACCCUCCAUGAAGAUUCAUCAAGCUCAGAUGGCGACCAGGAUGACCCAUCAAACAAAUCGCUGGGAGACCUGAACCUGUCUGCCUUGGACGAUCUCGAGUCUGGAUUCGAUACCAGCCAAUCUCCAGAAAAUCAGCGCGAGAAUUAUCGCAGCGUCCAGCACCAGAAGACAUCCUCAUCAGUCAUACAACCACAACCAAAAUCAGGUUUAUCAUCAUCGUCAAGCUCACACUCCACUUUACAGGCUCGUUUAUCGCGUACCAAUUCACGUGACCGAGAUCUUGCCACCAACAGAAGCCCUCGUGAGCCCUCAGGUAGCCAGCUCACCAGCCCUGGGGUUGGACGCCGUGAUUCGUUUCGGGUCGACAACUCACUGACUAUAGACGAGAUCGGAGAAAGUUUCUCAAGAGAAAUGAGUCAUGAGUUUGAAGGGUCCAAGAAAUCUUCGUUUGGACGAUCUCCUGUUUUUCAACCUGAACCGGUUCUCAACCCAGAUAACCAUCGUCGGCAAAGCAUAAUGAACCCAUCCAAUUUGAGUCGCAUGAGGGACAUCUUGAAAUCCAAUGGCAAGCCGAUUCCGUCACAGAUGCCCUUCCGCAGUGCACGACGCCCUUUUACGCCGAGGCGGUUGAACGAAGUUGCCGACGAUACCACUGACUUUUCUGGAAUUCCUUCAAAUCAGUCAAACCAUCCCAAUAAUCCUCAACCCGUUCAAGUCGCUGGAAGUGAAAGUGAAGCAACCUCACACGAUUUGACCACGUUUCCUGGAGCUCGCCAUCAGAAUGGGAGCUCUUCGUUCUCUUUUGCCGAUCGGUCUACCAGAUUUAAUGGGAACAAGUUGAACUCUUUCCUACACGAUCUCAAUGGACACUUAUCGGAAGAGAACCACCAAAUAGUGAAUGCUCUGGCUGAAACGAAAGCGCGGCUCGCCCAACUAGAAAUGGAAAAUCAAUCACUUCGGAGAGGGGUUUUGCCACCCCAAUCAGAUGCGGACGGUGCACUUGACCGCAGUGGCGUGCUACAAGAUCACUUACAGGGCAUGAUUAACGUCCACGACAGUAUAGCCGAACUUCAAAGUAAUUUCAACCCCGCCCAAGCCGAAGAUAAUUACGCGUCUCAGUCAGAGUCUGCUUCUCAAAACCUUCUGUCUGAGCGCCAGAUUCACCGACUUGAAUAUCAACUUGAAGAACGCGACGAAGAGAUAAGAGAAAUUCGAAAUCAGCUUCUGAACAAAGCUCCGCUCAACUCCUCGUCCCUUAAGCAGAUUUUUGAAUUGAAAGAUCGCCUCAAAGAUUUGCAAGCAGUUCUAGCCUCUAAAGAAGACGAAGUAGACCAACUGAAACUCCAGCAAAUUGAGAUUGUCGGGCAACAUGCUAGUACGUUAGCCGAAUGCAAUGCCCAACACGAGAAAGACCUGGUCGAUGCAAAAGCGGGCUACGAUUUGAAGAUCGCAACUCUGAAAGAUCAAGCUACGGCGCUUAUCCAAGAGAAAGACAGAAUGCUGGUCUCCAUGAAUUCCAAGUAUAAAGAAGUUCGUCGGCUGACUGACGUCCAAGGAAAAGCACCAGAUGAACCGAAAUCAACUCAAUCCACAGGCCAGUCCAGCUUGGAAACCCUUUUGACAGUCAAAAGUGAGCUGGAACAAGUUCUAAAUGGCAAAGGGGAUCAAUCCGUCGGUCGCUCUGCUGAACGCCGCAUUCGCAUGCUUCACUCGUGGAUUCAAAGCGAGAUUUCUAAUAACGAACAAAAAACCAGCCAAGAUGACCCAGAGCCUGCAAAGCAAAGCGAAGUAAAUCGGCAAUCACCCCAAGAAAAAGACGAACUUCGUGCUAAAAUUGAGGAACUUGGCCUAGAGUUAUCCGAAAAAGACUACCGCAUCGAAGCCCUGGAAGUCUCUUUGAAAGAUUCUGAAGACGCUCGACAGGCUGUGGAAAGCGACUAUGCGCAGCUUGAAACUCAAGUCGAUGUCUUGGAAGCGGAAACAAUUGCCCAGCAAUCGACCAUCUCAGGCCUCCAGGCCAAACUAUCACAAGCUCUAAAAUCUAACUUCUCAGACGUCUCAUCCACGCCAGGUCGACUUAGCCCCAAGAGGGAAUCUGGCAAAAACAACUCCGAACUUUCCAAGGCGCAAGAGGAAAUCAAUCGACUGAAAACCCUGAUCAGCCAAUCCGACAACGCUGCUACCUGCGAAAUCCAGAACAUGAAGAUUGAAGCUUUGGAGACUCAACGACGCGAGCUUGAAGAGCGGGUAGGCUCGUUGCGUCAACAGACGUCUGCAUUGAUCAGCACUCCAAGUCGUUCAUCGUGUCACUUCCAAUCGAUCAUCAGCAUGCGCACCCCCAAAACACCAGGCAAAAUGCUGAGCAAUAUGACUUCGAUAUUGGCAGGCGAUUCGGGGGAUGAGACCAUUGUGCCUAUGCUCAAUCAGAUCCACGAACUUCAGCAACAAGUUGAACAACUUCGGCAUCAACUCGAUUUGGCCAACAAGAAUGUCGACCACAAGUUGGCGAAGCUCAGUGAAGUCAGUGAAAAUGUAGUCAAAGUGUCAACCGAGGCGAUUACCGCUCGCAGGAGAGCCGAUGACUUUGAAGAGAAGGCUCAGAAACUCGAAGAACGAUUGGAUAAGUUGAUUGCCGAGGAUGGCACGAUCGCUCAAGUCAAACAUCGUUUGUCUAAUAUCGGCUGCCCUGACUGUGGUGAGAGAUUCGACGCAAACCAGAUAGUCCGCUUCAGGGUCUUGCCUGAGACUCAGGAAUUGGAGUUCACCGAGCAACCAACCGAAAAUGACACUGAGGACCACUCAUCGGGCUUGAAAGUCAAAUUUAUGGAGUUGGAAGCAAACCAUCAAACGUCUCAAACUGAGAUCAUCAAGCUGAAGCGUGAGCUCGAUCUGAAACUAGAUGAACUGGAGAAACUUGAAUCCGAGAAAGCAACCCAAGAACAGGAGAUCGAACAGUUGCAAAAUAGACUUUCUGAGGCUCGAGAUGAAGUGGAAAGCCUUCUCAGUAAGUCACAAGAACAGCAAGAACGUCUGCAAGAAAAUGAAAAAGAGCGCGAAGCUUUAUCCGAUGACAAAGAAGAUCUAGAAGACCAACUCGAAGCAGCAAAUCUUAAAUUACACGAAACCGAAGCCCAGCUCUCACAAGUGACUGAGGCCCGUGACUCCAUGGAUGCUGAAAUUCGUGCUCUUCACACGCAGAAGAAGGAAUCAUCUGCUUCAUCGGCGAAAAUCGAGCAGCUCCAGGAAACGAUCUCGAAACUCGAGACAGAGAAUGCAGAAUAUGCUGAGCAACAUAGUUCACUCACUGCCGAAGUUCGACAACUCAAGACUGAGCUCGAGCGCAAAGCACACACGAUCAUCAAUUCUGAGAAAUCGUAUCAUCGGGUCCAAGCGACUCUUGAGAAACGAACGCUCGACUUCGGACAAUUAGAGGAUGAGCUAGAGAGGAAGACCAACGAGAUCAUGGGCCUUAAUGAGACGAAUAACAAUCUGUUGAAAGAUACAAAGGCUCUGCGAAAAGAACUGAUUAAAGUCAAGGCGGAAGCUCAGGAUCUUGGCCAUCAUCUGCAAGAUUUGAAAGAUCAAGUCGAUCGUCAAGCUUCCGCUCCCAACAACUCUAAGGAAAUGACCAAGCUCAAGAACGAGUUAUCGCUAUGUAAAAAAGAGUUAAAUGAAUUGAAAUCUCAACGAGCCCAAGGCAACCACGGAUUGACUAAUGAAACCAGAGAGGAACUCGACCACAAACAUAACUCUGAAUCCAAAGGAUUACUACUUAGGAUCAGGUUUUUAAAACUUAUGUUCACCCGAGAAAGCCUCUUCAGGGCCGACCUAGCUUGUCAAAAGAAGCUGAUCAUGCUCAAGUUACGCCAGACUGAGAUUCGGAACGAAGCUAUCCAAUUAGCGUUGUCUAACUUCGGCUUACCUUACUCGUCAUCCUCCGGCGAUGAUGACACCCAACAUCCAGGAAACUUUACUCUCCAUCCAACCUCAACCGAUCGAACAUUUAAGAGCGUUGCCCUUGCUGUUAGAGCUAUUUGUAAAUUAAAAAUGUUAUCAAAGAAUUGGAAUAAAGAAGUCAAAGUAAAAGAGAAACUAAAAGAGGCGUAUCGAGAAGUUAGAGGUAAAGAAUUCAUCGGUGAUUAAGGUCUACAAUACACAAGUCUGUCAAAAUGUGAAUUACCUAUGUGGAUAUUCUUGCUUCUUUUGUUGUCUCGCUGUUUUCUGAUAUCCUAUACAAACAAGAAUCACUCAUUUCCACUGUGACAAUUUCGACUUGGUUAUUUCUUGUUAACAUUCGUACCUAAUAUUCUUCAAUACCUUUCUUUUGUGCUCUCUUGCUUUCUCACCACUUGUGUUUCUAAUGCUCUUUCAAUUUUUGUUGGCACAUCCUCUACACGUACAGACAUCACAUAUAUCACCUGGCACUUGUGUAUCAUCUUGUACGAGUUUUUUGUUUGUUAGUUUGGUUCACUCAUUUUCGUUUCAGUACUAAGUAAUCAUAGUAUAAUAAUAGUUCAGAUCAUGUUCUUAUUCCCUGGCUGUUUUCAAACAGAGUGUUACAACAAAAAUAACAUCUCAAUGAGACGGCAGAAGAUCUGGGACGGUCUUGAACACUACUGGGUGAAGCAAUGAAGUCUCAGAGGAGAGGUUUUGAGGACAAAAUGACUUGAGAGCCGCCGAUAGGAUGUAUUUGCACUCCACCCCGAUCGAGUCUGGCCUGGCCCAAACGGCAUUCCAAAGCUUCCAGCUCCGAUCUUCUUGGCCAUUAAUUGAAACAACUAGUUGAGAUGACCUAUCGGGUAAGAUAAAGUCCUCCAGCCUCGUAGUAGCAGGGCUGCCGGUCUCGAUAGGAUCCCAAUUGACUUCCGGAUGGCUGAUCAAAUUGCUGAGACUUAUCGAGCUGAGUUCCAUGCUCAAUCCAAUCCCCAAGGCCUUGAUGAUCGAUUCUUUGAAGGUCCAGAUUUGAAGCAAGCCGUCCAAAAGAUUUCCCGGAUUGUCGAAGUCGGUUCUUCUUCUUUGGUCGAUCAACUCUUUCUCUCUUGGACUGAGAUGUUCCUCUAAUAACAAGCCAAACUCGUCCAGAGUCUUCUCGCUUCUUGGUAGCUUGUAUUCCAUCACAUCUACCCCUAUCUGAGGGCUUU